AUGUCAGCGGGCGGUUGGAUGCUGCAGCAUAUGCGUCGCGGCGCGCGCGCGCAGGCUGCUUCUUCUUGUGUGGACAGCGCAUGGGUGGACAGUGCGUGGGUGGAUAGUACGUCGAAUGAGGACGCGUGCUGCAGUAGUUCUGAGAGCUGGGCGGCGUUGGAUGAGGGCGAGCCGUGCGUAGGACGUGGCUGUGGGGCGGGUUGUUGCGGAAACGCGGCAGCACACACGUUUGCGGAAGGCGUGCGACGGUACCUGCACUCGGGUAGUGAAGACGUGUACAGCGAAGCAGACUCAGACAUCGCAAGAGCGGACGUUCGCGACAUCGCAAACAACUUCUUUUUCGAACGCGGCGGCUCCAGACGCCGCAUUCGUACUCCUGAGUUCCCUGCCUCCCGCAAGUCCUCCACGGACUCCAACGAAUCCAUGCCACCUGCCCUGACCGCCCUUUAUCGCCUGGUUCGUGAACUCAACGGUGCCGCACCCGACCUACGAUCCGGACCGGGCUUCGACCUAACGUCGGAGCUACGAUCCGGAUUGGGUUUUGGACCCGGUUCUGCACCGAAUUCCGAACUGCGGUCGGGCUCUGAACUACGGUCGGGGCUGGGCUCUGAGCUACGGUCGGCGGCGGCCGAGGGCAGUAGUAACGAAACGGAACUAAUGAUCCGAACUUUGGUCAAGUUGUUUACGACGUAA